AUGAUCACAGACGUACAACUGGCUGUGUUUUGCAACAUUCUGGGAGUUACACUGUUCUUUUUGGUGUUUCUCUUCCAUUACAUAAGCGCAAAUUAUUCAAAAUGAAUGGAAAAAUGUCACUCAAAGUUUACUCAACAUAACCUACAUUAAUGGAUUAAGAUGACACUAUGUUCCUUCUACGUUGAUGAACACAGCCCACUCCGCGACGGAAGAUACUAGGAUAUUAGGAUUUUGUUUAUGUAUGGCACAAUAAGUAAGAAGCCUCCAAUCUUUCUUCCGUAUUAUGUGGGGUUUUUAGAAAAUAAAAUUUUUAUCAUGGUUUAA